AUGAGAAGGAAAAAUAAAAAAGUUAAUGAAGAUAAUUUAAGAGCCGAGGUGAAUAUUAAUAGUAGAAGUGAGUCAAUUGAUGUUGAGGACUUGCAAGGGUCUUUUGGAUCUAUGAAGCCACCACGUUCACUUGGCCCAAUGGAUAAGUUUGCAAGUGGCAUAAAUCCCGAACCUUUCAUGAAUUUAGGAAAGACAUUGCAACAACAACGUAUUGAUGGUGCAAUAUGGAAGGAAAGGACCACUAAAGUGAAAGAAUAUAUAUGUAGAUGGGCAUAUGAGGCCGCUAUUCCUUUUCAUGCAUUUGCAAAAGAUAGCUUUAAGAUGAUGUUAGAAGCAGUUGGACAAUUCGGUCCCGGAGUUGAAUCACCAAGUAGAUAUGAGAUGAGUGAAACAUUCUUGAAAAAAGAAGUUGAUAAAGUUCGUGAGUCUUUGAAGAUACAUGAAGAGGAGUGGAAGCUAAAUGGGUGCUCAAUCAUGACGGAUGCUUGGACCGAUAGAAAGAGAAGAAGUGUAAUGAAUUUGUGUGUGAAUUCAAAUUUGGGCACCGUUUUCCUUUCUUCUAAAGAAUGUUCACUUGAUUCACACACAAGUCAAUAUAUUUAUGAGUUUGUUGAGCAUGGCAUUGAACAAGUUGGAGUUGAAAAUGUUGUUCAAGUUGUCACGGAUAAUGCCUCAAACAACAUGGGAGCUUCAAAGUUGUUGAAAGAGAAGAGGCCAACCAUCUUUUGGACUUCUUGUGCCACUCACACGAUAAAUCUAAUGCUUCAAAGCAUUGGAAAUCUCCCGAGGUACAAGAAAGUCCUUGAUCAAGCAAAGGCAUUAACGAUCUUUAUUUAUGCUCAUCACACGACUUUGGCAAUGAUGAGAACUUUCACAAAGAAGAGAGAUAUAGUGAGGCCCGGUGUGACUAGAUUUGCAUCUUCAUUCCUUACUUUGCAAAGUUUAGCCGAGAAGAAGAUUGAAUUAAGGGCAAUGUUUUCUAGUAAUGAAUGGGAGGCAUGUAAAUUUUCCAAGAUAGCUAAAGGGAAGCAAGCCAUCAAUGGGAUUUGUAUAUGGUGA